AUGGACGAGCGGGCGGGCCCGGUGUGUUCUUCAAGCAACCACAACAACUCGGCUUCUUCCCGGCGGAGCGGAAAGCGCCUCAACCGUGGAGACGGCGGCGGCGGCGGAGAGGACGGGCCCGCCGCUCAGUCAGUCUCGGCGGGGCUUUUACACUUUCUGCAGCACGAUGGGGCCCGGUUCGAGGUGGAACGGGCGCAGUGGGGAGUUGGAUGGCGGGCCGAACUGCAGGCUCAGAUUGCGUUCCUGCAGGGUGAGAGGAAAGGCCAGGAGAACCUGAAGAAGGAUCUGGUGAGACGGAUAAAGAUGCUGGAAUAUGCUCUCAAACAGGAGCGGGCCAAACACCACAAGCUGAAGUACGGGACGGAGCUCAACCAGGGAGACAUGAAGCCACCCAGCUACGACUCAGAUGAGGGGAACGAGAACGAGGCUCUUCCUGAACCGCCCAACAGUCAACUGAGCUGGAAACAGGGACGACAGCUGCUGAGACAGUACCUGCAGGAGGUGGGCUACACCGACACCAUCCUGGAUGUGAAGUCUCAGCGGGUCAAAGCGCUGCUCGGUCUGGCUGGAGACAGCGGAGAGAGACCCGGAGACAAGCGCACCGAGCCCAUGGUGAACGGGACCGAGCUGGCCUCGCUGAAGGACAGCACCACCACCAUGAUCGGUAAAGCAGAGAUGACGGACUCCGCCACGGUGCUGGAAGCCUUCAAGUUCAUCGAGAAAGCUGCCGCUGAGUUCAGCGAUGAAGACGAGGAUGACGACAGCGAGGGACAGAACAAGAGCAUCGUGGACCUCUCCACCAUGGUGAGGAGGAAGGUGUCUCCGUCUCCCUCCUCUUCCUCAGCUGAGAUGAGCGAUGACUUGGACACGGACGAGGUUCUGAAGGACUUCGACUUCCUGGCCAACAAUGAGGACAUGGAGGGCUCGCCCGAAGCGCCGUCCUCCGGAGAGAGAGCCGAUUGGGGGCCGAACCGCUGUAAGCUGCAGGAUAUGUUAGCUAACCUGCGUGACGCGGAGGAUCUGUCGUCCAUGCAGCCGCCGGUGGCUCCUCCGGUCCGGCCCAGCCUGCCCCGGCUCAACGAGCCCCCGCUGGGACGCACCGACGAGGUGGAAGCGCUGACGUUCCCCCCGUCCUCGGGAAAGUCCUUCAUCAUGGGGACGGACGAGGCGCUGGAGAGCGAGCUGGGUCUCGGAGAGCUGGCCGGACUCACCGUGGCCAACGAGGCCGAGAAUCUGUCCUACGACAUCACUAAUAAUAAAGACGCCCUGCGGAAGACGUGGAACCCCAAGUUCACACUCAGAAACCACUUCGAUUCGAUCCGCGGUCUUGCGUUUCACCCCAUCGAGCCGGUUCUGAUCACCGCGUCUGAAGAUCACACGCUCAAAAUGUGGAACCUGCAGAAAACCGCCCCGGCCAAGAAGUGCGCCGCUCUGGAUGUGGAGCCCAUCUACACUUUCAGGGCUCACAGGGGUCCGGUUCUGUGUGUGGUGAUGAGCUCCAGCGGUGAGCAGUGUUUCAGCGGCGGUUUGGACGCGACCAUCCAGUGCUGGAACACACCGAGCCCCAACAUCGAUCCGUACGACUCAUACGAGCCGUCGGUGCUGCGGGGGGCGCUGUCGGGACACACAGAUGCGGUCUGGGGUUUGGUCUACAGCUCGGCUCAUCACAGACUGCUGUCGUGCUCCGCCGAUGGGACGGUGAGGCUGUGGAGCGCAGCAGAUAGGACACCCGCCAUCGCUGUCUUCAACGAGAACAAAGAGCUGGGCGUCCCGUCGUCGGUGGAUCUGGUGUGCAGUGAUCCGGCUCACAUGGUCACGGCCUUCACUAACGGCAGGAUGGGCAUCUUCAACAUGGAGACCCGACAGCUGGUGCUGGAGCUCGAGUCGCAAGCCGCCGGAGAACCCGAUGCACCGUGUCAGAUUAAUAAAGUGCUCAGUCACCCGACGCUGCCCAUCACCAUCACAGCACAGGAGGACCGCCACAUCCGUUUCUACGACAACAACACAGGCAAGUUGAUUCACUCUAUGGUCGCUCAUCUGGAUGCUGUCACCAGUCUUGCGGUGGAUCCCAACGGUCUCUAUCUGAUGUCUGGAAGUCACGACUGCUCGGUGCGUCUGUGGAACAUGGAGAGCAAGACGUGCAUCCAGGAGUUCACGGCUCACAGGAAGAAGUUCGACGAGUCCAUCAAUGACGUGGCGUUCCACCCCACCAAGUGCUACAUCGGCAGCGCCGGAGCCGACGCCCUCGCCAAAGUCUUCGUAUGACCUUCGACCUUUGACCAAAACUGCUUCCACAAACUGAUGAACUCGCAGGGACCGCUCUGAUGAUCCGGGCAGGCCUGGGUGCUGGAGGGGAGCUCAACAAACACAGAGGAACCUCCAGACCUCCUCCGUUCAGCCUCAACAGGAAGCUGGGUGCCUCCCACACUUCUGCAGUUUUACUUCUCCUCUCUGGUUUUCCCGUCUUGCGUUCGCUCCGUUUUAACGACGUGCCUUUUGCUACAAACAGUCUCGAGAAACGCGGAUUCUCUUAGUCGAUGCUGAUGUUUUAAACUCACCAAAUGCAUCACAUCAUUCAAGUUUCUCACAAAAUCUCGAUGGGAAGCACGUGAAAUUAAAUGCAUUGCAUUAAAAACUCAAUUUUAAUGCUUUUCUUGUCUGGCAGACGCUGAAUUCAAAUUGUACAUAAUAUAACAUAAAAAUAACUCGCAGUAUGUUUGUGUCCAAAUAUAAAUCCAUCAUCGUUCGCCCCAAAAUCAAGAAAAUAAAGCCUGUUUUUUUUUUUUGCAUUGUGCCAUUGUUUAUAAAAUGUCAGAAUGUUGAACUAUUAGGUUUAAAAACAGGCUUCACCUUCUUUAUGAUUCUGUGGUGAAAUAUGUCCUGGAUGAUGUUCUUGAGAUUCAACUCUAAACACUCCGAAGCCGUUCACCAUCAGGACGCACGUCUCGAUUUAGUGCUGCGUUGAAUAUUUACGCUGUUAGAGGGUUUGCAGUCAUUCUGUGAAAUCAUCUCAACAUUGUGAUGUACACGGAGACAAAAUUUUAGAUUUAGAGCCGUUACUGAAUAUUCGUUGAACUUAGUCAAAGUGAUAAUGCGCAGAAGUCUUAUAAUAGUUUGAAUGUGUUGCAGUUUUUGACAAGCUGUACUCAAAAGUACAAUGAUUCGGAAGUCUAUAUUUGUCUGAAAGCUGUUGUAAUGUUUAUUUAUUUCAUGCAUCUUUUUUUUUUACUUGUUUUGCCUGUAAUGCCAAAUGCAUUAGGAUUUCGCUUCAGGAAGGGACGAGCGGCUACGAUACGUACAUAAAAACGCUCACUCAUCCUCACCUUCUCUACCUGCACAGGUGGUGGUUUGUGUAUUAGCUGAAAAUGAUUUGAAAUCUAUUUUAUAUGUGAUAGUUUGAAGCAGAUACUAGUGUUUUUUUAUCAUUGUAUGAACGAGGUUGCAAACAGAUCGUAACCCGAGUUUCCUGCAGGUUGAGGUUUUUUAUUUAAACUCUUCUGGUUUAUUUGAAUUUGUCUGUGAUUACUUGAACUAUUUGGGCGUGUGUGCGUGUUUUUAACUGCUAGGGUAGAGAUUUUCUGCUUUUAUGGGGAAUCGUUUGCCUUUAACUGAUGACAUGAGCACUACAAGACGAGUGGAGUGUUUGUGUGUUUCCUUCAGGUCUGUGAAAAGUGACGCGCGUCGCUACUCUACCAAAUGAUGAGAAAGGACUAGUUUAGACAAACAUGAAAUCUGGAACUAUUUACUCGCCCUCAUGUCACGUAAACCUGUGGAAGCUUGUUUCUGACACAGGAUAAAGAAAUGUUGAAUUGUGAGAAAAAACUCGCAAUUACUUAUUUUUCCCAGAAUUAUGGGUUUUUAUCUUACAAUUGUUUUUUUUCCCUGCCACAAUUUAAAAAAAAGUUAUUGCGAUUUUUUUUUUUUUUUUUUUUUUUUUUUUUUUU